GCAACACUUUCGGAUUCUCCCUAAACACAACGGCUACUUUCUCGCGCUGGUGAUUCCCGCAGGCUAGUUAACGAACAAGCCACCGAUUCCUCUCACCGAAUCGAUUGAAGAAUGGGAGAAGACCACAGCAGCGCCGUCGAAGCUCCGCCGCCUCAACGGAGACCGAGAGUGAGGGAGGUCAACUCUAGGUUCAUGACUCCCGCGCCGACCUCCUCCACUUCCUUCUCCCCUCUCCCGCAGCAGCAGCACCAGAGAUCCACAUCCGUACACCAGCAACGCCGCCGUCUCGAAUUGGAUAAGGAUUCCUCCGCUGGCAACUCCGCUUCUCCAACAGUCGCCGCCGCCGCCGUCAAACUUUUCAAGGAAAACGCAAACGGCGAGAGGCAGGAUCCGCGAUCUCACCACCACCGCCCCGACACUCCCAUGGCAACCGCUCCUCCCCCCACAUCGAGACGCUUGCCGCAUCAUCGUCCCUGCAACGCCGUUACUCACUCAGCUGCCGCCAAAUUGCUUCAGUCCUCCACCGGCAUGUCAUCGUCGUUGUCGGUCAAUCUCUCAGCCAAUCCCAAUUCCGGCCCAACCGAGUCUCUUCCGGACCUUCGCUCUUCGCGGGCCACCGUCUCCCGUAGAAUACUGACGGAGAGAAACAUAAACACUCUCUCCGGGCCGGAUGAUGACGACGACGCCGCCGCGAGUACAACAACAUCAUCUUCUUGGAAAUUCCCUGCUUCGCCUUGUUCCCUCUCUCUCGAUUUACAACGAUCGUCCUCUGAAAACCCUUCAUUCUUUCACUCGCUAAGAGGCUCCGAGAAAUCAGCCAAGAUUGGGGGUUUUGCUCUGCCUCCAGUUCCUCACGCUAAGGACCUAAGCGAUGCUAAUGCUUCGAGAAAGGGAAGGAAAGCCUCUGGUCAGCAAGAGGGCUUUCACGCUAUGAGAAUGAUUCACAACCGUUACUUGCAGUGGAGGUACGCCAAUGCCAAAGCCGAGGCUUCCUCGCAAGCCCAGAGUAGAGAAGCCGAGAUGAAGUUGUAUUCCCUUGGUUGCAAGAUAUCCGGGUUAUACAAGUCGGUGACAAAGAAAAGAAUUGAGCUUGCCCGUUUGCAGCGAAUGGCAGCUCUAUCCACAGUCCUGGAGACUCAGAUGCCAUAUCUGGAUGAAUGGACAACAAUAGAAGCAGAUUGUAAGGUCUCUUUGUCGGAGACGGCUCAAGCUUUAGUAAACGCCUCAAUCCAGCUUCCCGUCGUUGGGAAUGUCAAGGUUGAUGCAAGAGAGUUGGCAGAGGUAUUGAAGUCUUCAGGGAAGUUGAUGGAAUCAAUUGCUUCGCACAUAGAUGGAAUUUGGCAAUGCAGGCUGCAGAAACUGAAACACUGGUAUCAGAAUUAGCUAGGGUGAGUGGAGGAGAGAUAGCUCGCGUUCAAGAAUGUGGAGAUCUCUUGUCUCUGAUGCAUAAAUCACAGGUUUGCUUCUCUGGACUGCAACCAUUCACCGCUACUAUGACCUGCCUUCAAUAUCAAUGGCUUUUCUCUCAACUCUAGUACUCUAUACUAGUUGACGUCUUGGCAAGUAAACUACUUUGGUUUAUCAUCCUCUUGCCAGUUUUGUGACAUGAAAUUAUUGCUUCUAAUCAGAUGGAGGAGUGCAGUGUGCGAGGCCAAAUAAUCCAGGUUCGCCAAAAGCUGACUACUGCUGCUUGACGAAGCAAAGUGGCAUGCAUGUAUUGCUGCUGUCUUGAACAAAAAUGUGGAAGAGGAUAUAAACUAUAUAGCUUGCUUGAUCGGUUUGAUUUUGUUUGUAUUUGCUUUACAGCCAUCAUUCUUUGAGAAAAUAAACUUAAAAUGAUGUUCUCCCUGAGUGUUUGUCUAUAAAUUGCAUCGGCUCACAAUGGAGUGAUAUGCAGCAAGCUAAAAGAAUCAUGUACUUUCGUUGUACAAUAAUAUUCUGUGCAAGUUGCAACUGCUUGAGAUCUCCUUUGUUGUUGUUAUUAGUAUUCACCAUAAUCAAUACUCGCGGCUAUGCCGAGGGAACUAAAAACAUAAU